AUGUCCUUCAGAGGAGUUCCAGUAUCAUCUGCAGAGGCAAAACAGCGCCAAGAGCGAGAUCUCGCCAAGUUGCGCGUGCCGAAAAUCUACAGAGAGGCGGUGGACAUGACCAAGGUGAACCGGCCGAUCAUCAACCGGUGGAUCACUACGAAGCUGAAUGAGCUGCUGCCAGACGACGACAUUAUCACUGAUUACACCCUGGAACUGUUGGGUGGAGACAAGCCAGAUAUUCGGGAGAUCCAGCUGAAUCUGAACGGGUUUCUGGAGGAGAACACAGCCAAGUUCUGCAAGGAGCUGUGGGAGCUGCUGGUGGCUGCCCAGAAAGACAAGGACGGCAUUCCGCCGCAGUUGAUUGCCAUCAAGAAGGAGCAGAUGGAGCAGGAGCGGGUGAAGCGGGAAAUCAAGAUUGAGAGUUGGAGUGGUGGGGGCGGUGGUGGAAGAGACAGAGGUGAUAGAAGGGAAAGAAACGACAGAAGAGACGCAAAAGGAAGAAACAGAAGAGAUGGAGAUAGGAGGAAUGGCGAUCGAAGAGACAGAGACAGAGAUAGAGAUAGAGACGACAGGUCAAGUCGUUCAAGUCGGUACAACCGAUCAAGAUCAAGAUCUCCGACUGUCAAAAAGGAAACAGAUGAAUAUGGCCGGGACCGGAAGGACUAA